UUGGGAGCUCCCUAGGGUUCUUGUGUCAGAGCCCAUUAUACAAGAAUUGGAGAACACGCAGUUGUUUGGUUGCCAAGAAACCGAUGGAAAAUUUGGAGGGCAAAGGUUACAGAUUAGGCUUUGAAUAUCCAAACAAACGACGAACUAAUCCAAAACCAACCCCAAAAGUAGACAAAAUAUAGACAAAUUUCAGUUGGUUGAACCGAAAGGCGAUUGGAUUUGGAGCCCAUUUCAGUUUCGACGACUUGGCUCGGAAAUUGGAAGUUCACAGGAACCAUUAAUUUUAGGUGGAAUUGGUCAUAUCUUCACGUAAUCUAACAGUCUUUGGAGUUUCAAUAAUUUCGCCACCAAACCAUCAAUCUCUGUAAAGUCUUGAACCCGUCAACUAACUUAUGUGUUCAUCUUAUGAAGACCUACCCUGAGGUCGAGGUUAUGGAGUUUGGACCAGGCAAGGAGACUCGUUCUGGGACCAAGUGGACCAGGAUUCACCUAUCUUGGGUGCUGUGGGUAUCCACGGAGCCGCCGCCUUCUGAACCUUCCAUAGCCUGUGAAACUUCGUUAGCUGCUGAAGGAAAACCCCACCUUUUUCCUUUCUUGUGUGUAGAGAGCUUAGAAGACUUCUCAUCAUGUUUAAAAUGGAAAAGCACAUCAAGCGCCAGGACUCCAAUAUACAGUUUAACAGACACGUUCCAGGCUGCUUCUGGAGCAUAUUCCAUACUAUUGAUUACCAUCCCUGGCAUAAUGUUAAGAAGAUGCUUCCUUACAGAAGGCAUUCAAAAAGCAAGGGAAGUCCAAAAUCAACUAUGAACAACCACCACGUUGCUGAAGCGACAGAACAAAUUAACGACGAAAACAAGCCUUUAUGGUGUACUGCAGAGAGUUGUCCUAUUGGCAGCAAACCGGGAGAAGGGUAUGUAAAUGAAGUGAUAAGUAAAGAGAUAUCAGAGGAAGAAAGCCAAAACUACUGGAAAAUAAAUUCGAAUUCGAAACGAAGUUUGAGUCGAACGCAAUCUAUACAUCAUUUAGAGUCUUCAUCGUAUUAUUCUCGACAUAUAAGUCCUAUGGAAUUAGGUGCACCAGGAAUAAAGAGUAAUUCUCUGAAUGCCAUGGAUUCUGAAAACUACUUUACUCGGAGAAAGAUUGAUACCCAGUUGACAUCUUUUACAGAGCAAUCUAAUGGAGUAAGGAAAACCUUAGAAAGUAAACAGAUCGACAGAAAUAUCUUGAGUCACUCAUUUAAGGAAGACGUUCAUAUCCAAGAGAUAUUUAAGGCAAAUCGAAAACUAUUUGCUGAAUUGUUACAAGGUGCACAGAGUAAGAAAACUCUCCAAACCCCGCAAAAUAAGAAGUCCUCUGCAAGUCUAGCAAAAUCAAGGUCGUUUCCUGCUCCUGGUUUAGCACGAAAAGGAUACAAAAAGCUUAGCUCACUCCAACACAAGCAGAACGAGUCCUUUCCGAAAGUACGAAAGUCUGACUCUCCCCAACCAUCAAAGCUGGUUGAAUCUGAAUCUCCUAAGAAUUUUCAUGAAGAUGUGAUGCCUUGUGACUCUGAUAGUACUUCAAGCUCUAACAUAACGUCGCAAACAAGCUCGUCUUCCUUUGGCCCGAAUCGUGGACUAAGGCAUGGGGGGUGGAAUCAGUUGGUUGUCAAGCGUUUCAAUUUUAUUAAACAGAAAAUAAGGCAUUCAUUCAAGGAGAGGAAGAAGGGAAAUAACCAGAAAACAUCUAAAGGAACACCAACUCAAACCGUGGAUCCCUCUGGACAUGAACUUCCCCUUAGCAGAGAAGAGGCGCAGGAAAGUUUAGGAACUGCCACGAGCAAUGAUGGCUUAGGCAUUAGAGGAUACAGUGAGACUGGCAAUUCUGAGAAUGAUAAUCUCAGUGAUGGAGUUCAAACCAAGACUGGAACUGCUUCUCUGGAAAGGUAUUCUAAACUGUCUGAUGGCUCGAGCGUUAGAGGAUACAGUGUGGCUUAUAGUUCCGAGAACGUUUAUCUCAGUAUUGGAGUUCAAACCAAGACAGGAACUGCUUCAUUAAAGGCUCCUCUGGAAAGAUAUUCUCAACAGCCCGAAAGGGAGGCAAAGUGCUUCCACUCACAAAGCUUAAGGCUGAUACGUGAAGAAACGAUUCCGAAUAUAGAGAAGCGUCGAAAAUCCUAUGGAAGGAAUCUUUCUUUGCCUGAUAUAGAUCUCUUUUGCACAUUAUUUACUGACCCUUCUCCUGCUGUUUCUCGCACAGAAAAACCAAAGAGGGGCGUGGUGCAUUCGAGUACAGAUAAUAAUAUGCGAAUAGAUGAGAAUCCAGCCCAUCUAUUAAACGAAGUGAUAUCUGAACCAUUGGAUAGUGAUUCACAGAGUGUGGUAGAAAAAAGUGAUGAUAACAUGCCUGUUGAUUAUUCAGGUAGUUUAAACGAGGUAAAAAAUGAUGAGGGAGCUGCUUGGGCAGAUAAGCUUGAGGAGAAAAUACCUCACCUAGAUUUUUCAGAUGGUGAACACCAUCAAGUAUUGGGUAGUGAAUGUGUAAUUGAAGAUGUCGAUGUCAGUGAGACUGUCGAUCAAGUCGGUGCGCUUUCACCGACUGUCGAUCAAGUCAGUGAAACUUGUCUCCGAGAUGAUGAAACUUCAAAGCUGUCCGACUCAGAAGGUUCCAUAUUAAAUCGUAGGUGCAGUGCUGCAAAUGAGCUUGAACCUUCUGAUGACCAACCUAAGGAGGCGAGCGCAGAAGCUUUAUCAGCAUCUGAAACCAUUGUCAAUCAUGAGAUAAUUGAUGCUGAGAAGAUUUCUAACUAUCUCUAUCUGAAUUCCGAACUUGGUAGAAUCAACAAUGCUGACUUCAACUAUAUGAGGUAUAUUCUACAGCUCUCCAGCUUUAUCGAAAGUGGUCAUACAAUAGACCGACCGCUCAGUUCUUCGAUAUUCGAGGGAGAGGAGGCCCAGUUUUACAAAAAACUUGAAUGUUAUUGGGAGAAGGUUGACAAAGAUUCUGAUCACCAGCUUUUGCAUGAUUUAGUUUAUGAGACAUCACACAAUGUAUUUGAAAAAUCAUUCACUUCUUUCCUUAAAACCUUCUCCUCGAGAACCCAAAUCCGACCAAUGCCACUCGGGCAGUAUCUUCUCGAGGAUGUCCGAGAAAAAGUUGCCUGGUACCUAUGCUUGGGACCAGAACUAGACCAGUCAUUAGACGAUGUUGUGGGGCGAGAUUUAAGAAAAGGUGACGAUUGGAUGAACCUCCAAACUGAAAUAGAGUACAACGCACUUGAGUUGGAGGAUUUGAUUCUUGAUGAGCUUUUAGAGGAAGUCAUAAGUUUUUAGGAUUCCUGGUUAGAUCAUGUUGUUGAUAAUACUGUAUAGUGGCAAUCUCCAAAUCGUCUAAAAGUCAUAAGUUUUUAGGAUUCCUGGUUAGAUCAUGUUGUUGAUAAUACUGUAUAGUGGCAAUCUCCAAAUCAGUACAUAGAAGUUCUUGUUCUGUCAGGUCCAAGUAGGUGGAAUAGAUAAGAUUCUUAGCAUUUUCAAUCACACACAUACGUCUGUUUAUCUGUACUGAGUUUCUUGUUUGGAUGUAUACAAACAACCACUGCAGUUUUGUGGCUCAUUUGGUUC